AUUCCGUUUUCUGUAUUGUAUUUCUUAUUCGUUCAUCGUCGUUCGUUGUUCGUCGUCGUCGUAGUCGUUGUCGCUGUCGUCGUCAUACUUAUACUUUAUUUUUCUUCUCUUGUGUCGUCUUGUUCUAAUUCUUCUGCUGCUGCUUCUGCAUUAAAAAAUUAAAAUGGCGUUCAUGUUCUUUUCAAGUUUUCUUCGCAGUAAAUUUUCAUCAUGACAUGAAACCCAAAUGGAAAACCAAUAAGUUAAUAAAUCUAUUUAAAAAGAAUAAUCAAAAACCAAUCUACUAAGAAAAGACAAUUGAAUCUAAUGUGCUGCUAUUUAAUGAAGAAGUGCGAUCAAAUUAAAAUAAGAGGAAGAAAAAAGUUGGAAAAUUAAAAAUAAAAUUCCGUGUGUGCAUUCUAAAGAAGAAAAUUUGUUUAAUUAGCUCAUCGCAAAAGUAUAAUCGAGAAAGAAAAAGUCACAAAUUAAAAGCAUAUAAAUUGAAAGUGAAAAAAUUAAUAGGUAUUCAAUUAAACAAGUCGCCUUUGCUGUGUCUGUGUUUUGAUUUUCAAUUUCAAUUCGAGAUUGGAGAUUGUAGAUUGAAAAAUAAAAAAGUUGAAGAAAAAUCAAUCCGCACCCUCCCAACAAUAGAAACACCCAAGUCUUGAAGUUUAAAUUGUCAUCAUGCAACAAGAACCAAACGAUGAGACUUGGCUGGAGGAGCAGUGUCUCCGCGAACUUGAGGCCCAAAACGACUACGAACGGGAUUACCAUAGGCAAAGGGACAACUCCAUCAGCACAGUUUGGGGUGCUUUCCAAGAUUCGGCCACUGCCGUAGCACAAUUGUACAGAGAACGCUCAAACAAUGCUUAUCAUCACGAUACAGGUGCUUUAUGGUUACCAUUUCAAACUGCUGCUGGAACAGUGACAACUUUAUACAAAGAUUCAUGUGAGGGAAUUAAACGUACGGGUGAAGCAGGUAUCCAAAGUGGAUAUCAAAGGCGUACUAGGGAAUUAGUUGAUUGGGCACGAAGCAAAAAGCGCCGUGUUAUUCGACGUGCUGAUUUAUUAGCAUAUUUAGCUGGAAAACCACCACCACCUUUGAAUGUUACACGUCGCUCGCCAAAACCAGAACACAGUUCGAAUGCACUUAUGUUAGGAGGCCCAGCCAGUAAUUCAACAACUUCAAAUAAUGAAGAACCUGCGACAGAUUUGCACACAUUUAAAGAAGCCCUAGUUUUAAGACCAAGAGGUCCAGAACUCUUUGCAUUUGUAGCUAAUGAAAUUGCUCGUCAUUGUAAACGUCCAGCAAGUCCAUUAGACGAUACAAUGGAUGUUUGUCACUACAGCAGUAAGCGACAACGUUUUAUGUAAAGAGCGUCUUCGUCUAUCUUCAGGGAGGGGGGAACAAUUAAAUUAACACAAUGCAAACACUAAAUCAUGCUUUUUGUGUAUAGAAAAAUAAAGAACAUCAAUUUCCCAAGGUACAAUGCUCAACCUUACCUUAAUUUGUGAACUUUAUAAAACAAAAGAAAUCAAAAACAAAAAAACUGUAAAGAAUUGACGAAGAACAGAAAAACAAAAUACUUUUCUUUUAUUUAUUCUAAUCAGCCCAAUAGUGAUUAAUUAUUAAUUAUUAUAAUUAUUAUUUUUUUUAUUAUUACUAUUUUUCUUUUAGCUAAAUAGUUUCUAAUGAAUUUAUAGAAACAAUUCAGAUGAAUGAGAAAGAAGUUAUUAUUUUUAUACGUACGUAAUAUAAAAAUGAAUAUAAUUUUGCCUUAUAUACAUAUUUACUUACUUUUGUAAAAGUAAUUUUUAUGUAUAUAUCUUAUUUUUUUUUAAAUGUUACGAUUUAAUCCAGAUGUUAAGCAAUUCAAAAAAAAAACAAACAAGUUGAUUCCUAAUUGAAAUGUGAACAAAUAAAAAAAGAGGAAAUUUAUAAAAAAACAUUUCCUUAAAAAAUAAUUGAAAAUUAAAAAAAAAGAUAUAAGAAAGAAGAACACGAACUAUGUUUUGUUCUUUUAACACAAAUCUGCUAGUUAAAUAAAACAACAAAUUUCGAUAACCAUAAACAUAACAACAAAAUUUAAAAACAAAUUUAAUAUAAAUUAAACUUUGAAUAAAACAAAAAUAAAGAAUCUUCAAUCAAUUUAAAGAAAAAGAAAAUAAUAAUAAAUUAAUGUACCCAUGUAUCGAAUUCUGUAUUUCUUUUUGGCAAAUGUUUAUUAUUAUUAUUAUUAUCAUUAUUAUAUUGGUUAAAAUUUAAAUAACAUUGUAAUCUUGGCAUAUAUAAAUAUUCCCAAAAAAAAGAAGAAAUAAUAAAAAUUUAAUAAAUAAAUAAAAUAUGUUGUUCAGGAACUACAAAAAGAAAAUUAAAUUUCAAUAAAUUUAUUUCAAUUAA